GGGCUCGCUCCCCGCGUCCCCUCCCCCUCCAUGCAGCGCUGAGGAGACGGGCGGCGGAGCGGAGCAGGGGAGGCCCGGGGCCUAGCGGAGCGGGCUGGAGCGGCGGCCCCGGCGCCAUGGAGGGGAUGGACGUGGACCUGGACGCCGAGCUGAUGCAGAAGUUCAGCUGCCUGGGCACCACCGACAAGGACGUGCUGAUCGGCGAGUUCCAGCGGCUGCUGGGCUUCCAGCUGAGCCCGGCCGGCUGCGCCUUCUUCCUGGACAUGACCAACUGGAACCUACAAGCAGCCAUUGGAGCCUACUAUGACUUUGAGAGUCCGAACAUCAAUGUGCCCUCCAUGUCCUUCGUUGAAGAUGUUACCAUAGGAGAAGGGGAGUCCAUCCCUCCUGAUACCCAGUUUACAAAAACAUGGAGAAUACAAAAUACAGGGACAGAGGCAUGGCCCCCAGGGGUUUGUCUUAAGUACGUCGGGGGAGACCAGUUUGGCCAUGUAAACAUGGUGAUGGUCAGAUCGCUAGAGCCCCAGGAGAUUGCAGAUGUCAGCGUUCAGAUGUGCAGCCCCAGCACAGCGGGAAUGUAUCAGGGACAGUGGCGCAUGUGCACUGCUACAGGACUCUAUUAUGGAGAUGUCAUCUGGGUGAUCCUCAGCGUGGAGGUUGGAGGACUUUUAGGAGUAACGCAGCAGCUGUCAUCCUUCGAAACGGAAUUCAACACACAACCACAUCGCAAGGUAGAAGGAAACUUUAACCCCUUCGCCUCUCCGCAGAAGAACAGGCAACCAGAUGAAAACAACCUAAAAGACCCUGGGGGUUCUGAGCUAGGCACAAUCAGCAAAAACACGUGGGGGCCUGCUCCUGACCAAAUUGAACAAGAUCAGAAUGGACUGUCACAAAACUCUGUAAAUCUCUCCCCCAGCAGUCACUCGAACAACUUGUCGGUAGUGACGUACAGUAAGAUGCUUGUGUGUACAAAUACGUGAAAAAUGAAUUACAGGAUUAUUUACACUUCAGAAUCCUAUUAUUGCAAGAGGCAUGUCUAGGGUUUCCAUGGUUCUUAUCCCUUUGGACAGUCUUAAAAACAAACAAACAAAAAAACGGGUACCGUCAAGAGGAGAAUUUAACAAAGAACUGACUCAUGGGGAGCAGAGUGGGUUUCUUAUGGCUUAUAGAAGACACGGCAUGGAUCCCCUUCUCUGCCUUCGUAACCUGGAUAAAGAAGAAAACAAACAAAAACCAAUAACUUAAGACUAGUGGUUUCCAGAGGAAAACAAAACAAAAAACUAAAGUAUGCAUGUGUGAAUGCUGAAUUUUAGGAGUGCUGUUCAAUGCUACGAGAAAGAAAAUACACCAACACCAUGGGGUUUUUUUAGAGGUCAUUAUCACAAUUAAUUAGGUAGCUGAAAAAGUUUAAAAAAAAUUAAAAUGAAAGCCAUCUUUUUAAAAGAAAAAGAAUUAUUUUGCCUACAGAGCAGUUAUAGUUUGAGCAAAUGUUUAAUUUUUUUGUUUCCUGUUCAUAAUUUUUUUAAUAAGGGACAGAGUGCAUUUUUAUGGAACUGUCUUGUUUGCUUGCUACAGAACGGGAGCUCGCUUAGCAUCUGGGUUCAUGCAGUGACUUCUCUUUGUAUCUAUGUUGGAUGUUUUUAAUGUGCGAUUGGGCCAGCACCCAGCUCUGUCAAUUUCAGUGGUAUCAGCUGUUUUUAGUUAUCAACCUUUUAAUCUUCUGUUUUGUCUGUGACCUUAGUGUUAUCAGAAACCUCAGUCAAGACCAAACUGUUGAAUUAGGAUGGGAGGACUCCAGCAUUGAGUUAACCUGGGAGGUUCAUUUUUCUCUUGGAACUUGAAAUAUACAUACACGUAUUUCAGUAAGAAACAGGCUUACAAGAGUUCCAAAGCUGGUCCUAAAUGACUGGUAUUUUAAAAUGCUGUUUUGUUUGUCAAAUAUUGAUGUCCAGUAGCUGUGCCUAGGACAGCCAGGCAAGUGUAUCUGUCUUGUGCCAAGAGGAAAUUAACUUUCUGUAGCUGUAGUUCACCAAACAGUAAUUAUAAAGUUAUACAAAAGCCAUGUCCCUUUAGGUUUAAACCUCACAUCCCUACCCUUUUUAUAUAAGUAUAAGUUUAAUUCCUCUCUCCUGUGAUUAAAGUACUAGCUUAAGAGGCAGAGGCCAAUUGUUUUUGAAUGUAGAUCAAGAAGUUGAAUCAUCAGCUGGAUUCCACAGUAACGCCUUGUAUUCUUUCGCCUUUUUACUGGCCUGUAGCUUCUUUGAGGCUCUAGCUUUCUAGAUGGGUCUCAUCAAGCCUCCUGUUCAGAAGAGGAAGAGUUUUUCUGGACAUGAGGGUCACUUAGCUCUGAGCAUCCUCGGAGGAAUGAUAGCCAUGUGCAAAUGAGACCAUGCAGAGCAAUUGUGGAGGGUGGCUGAGUUCUGUUUCACACUUUGAGGCAUUGGGUCACUGUGAGCCAAGCAGCCCAGGUACUUGGGAAGAGAAUGGGUUUUUUGCAGGGGAGGCACUGAUUCAGAAACUUGAACCAGGCCGUAACAGCCAUCUGCCAAAGAUACAAUAAUAUGCAACGUCUCCCAUCAUCCUUCUCCAAAAACCCCCAUCCCAAACUACCCAUUCAUGUUGGGAGCUGAGUGUGGGGUAUGCCUGCUGGCGAGAGCGAUGCAAGGCUUUAGGCUUGCCUAGUUUGCACCCAAGCCCCAGUGUUUGCUUGGUUGACUUAAGCAGGGUUUCAUUUUCAGUGCAGUUUCCAUGGGCCUUUUUCUCCCAGGCGUAUGGGUAGCUCCUGUUGAGGCUGGUGGGAAUUGUUGGUAUCCUGCCAGGGAAGAAUUAGGCCCCUGGUGAGGCAUUUGGAUACUUGUAGUCUCGAGAUCCCAGUGAACAGCUACCCUGAUAUUGCUCCAUUAGUGGAUGUUUGAUAGUUUAGUUGUCUAUUAGACACUGGAUUUCGAAAGACAUGUUCCCUUUUAAGAUUGAAAAUUUCCCUUUCAUCUCUCUCUAAACACACAGGUGGGGCUGGGGACAGGGUUGUAAUGGAUCGCCCCUUGGAUGAAGAAGGUCGGGGAGAUUGGAGGAAAGUCCUGCCUGGCUUAUACAGCUCUGGUUGGAGUGUUAACCUGAAGGCUUGUGGUGGGAUGGCUGCUUGCUAGACUCGGAGAAGGGGGUGCAGAUCCACGUUUGUGCUUUGAAUGCAGUGUAGGAGGUGGAGGCCGUAUUUGGUUAGUUGUAGUCGUAAGACCCUGUAUAUGUCUUGUAAAAUCUCUCUUGCUGUGGGCAAGAUAUGUUAUUCACCAGCCACAAUUAAGCAAGUGUGUAAACAGUCAUGGUGAAGUGUGGGCGAGGUUUGAACUGUCGUGACGUGCAUGCAAGGCAUGAGCACGUGCACAUCCAAUACCCAGCAUGUAGCACCUCCCCCGCUUUCCCCCCCUGUGUGUCCCUUCUGGAAGUGUUGAUGUUAGUCAAAGUGACAUGGCUGCUCAUUGGUCUCUUCACAUCCACUUCAUCCAUCUGUUUGUUGUGUAGAGGAGGAAGGAGUUCUGGGUUUCUGACUGCUGCUGCCAGUGGGCCCAGAACUUGGCAAAUCUUGUACCGGCAGGGGCCGCUGUGCGACCCUCAAAGCCAGCUGUCCUGACUCCCAUUUUCUCUUCUGCUGUUCCCAGGCAUGUAGGCUUCACCCAAGCAAACUGGCCACGUUUAUACCCGCCUGUCACUAAUGCAGAUUGUAUUUUGUUCCUUUUCCUAGAGAAAGCUAGUGUGCACCCCCCAUUGUUUCUGUGCCUUCUCCGUCCAUUCUGCACAGCUCUCAAUGUUGUCUCCUUUCUUGAGCGUGUCUCAGUCUACCGUGCCCUUGUGAUUGGGUUGUUCAUGGAGUGAAGAAAGGCAGGGCCUGAUUUGAGCUGCAGUUGCAAUAGGUCAGCCUGUUAACACUGACAUAUUACAGCUGUUUCCUAGGAAAUUGGUCUGGAGCAUAAACACAACCCUUAUCAGCAGGGAGGAUCUCUCUAUAAAUAACUGCAAAAGGCUCAUAACUGUUUCAGGGUGUUGGUUAGUGUGAUAAUACUCGUGUGAUAAUGAUGGGAAGAUGUUUAAAUUGGUAAUUAAUCUGUCUCUUUCUUCUCUCCACUGAAAACUGAGUCCCCUGGUAUUCAGCGAUGCACCCAGUCCCCAAAUUUAAGCUACUAUUAAGUUUCCAACAUUUUCAAGAGAGGAUUUCAGGGAAGCUAAGCAAAGGUCUCUGCUAGUCAUAGUUGGGGUUGAAAUUGCACUGCUUUCCUAGGGACAACAUUUUCAAGGUUUUUUUGGGUGGAGGGGGCUAAAGUUAGGCACCUAAACCAAAAAUAGUCAGAUUUUUUUCAGAAGUGCUGAACACCCAAGUUUCUCAUUGAUCUCAGCAGGGAGAACCUCUGAAAACCAGACUGAAUUACAUGCCUAAUAUUAGGCACUCAAGUUUUAAAAUGUGAUCUAGGACUCAGAGCCUCAGCAAAUGGUUACCUACUUGAGACUGCUGGGCAAGGGAAGAGGCCCAACAAAGCUUGUCCUAUGCCAUGUUACCCAAGCCAGGCUGGUGUCCCUGACUUUGGGAACAAAUGAGCUGGUACCCACGGGUCUGAGACAGGUUGUAGUUAUGGAGGGGCUGCAGUUGGCUAUGGGCCCUGCCUUUCCCUGGCUGCUGCUGUUGUGGGGAGGACGGUCUUGGAGUCUUGAGAGGGCAAGGCAAAUGGAGAUCUCUUCAAAAAAGGCAGUUAGAACUUCCAAUACAUAUUUGUUUUUUAAAUGGAACCUCGAGCGUGGUGUGAGCUGUUGAGUUUGGAAAUGCCUGCUAACCCCUGUGUCUCACAAUGUAUCUCAAGUCUGGGUUGCAAAUGUAUCCUGUCCCAUGGCUGGGAAAGCCUGGAUAAGCUUUGCGCCCCUCUGGCUGGAAAUGUGCUUUGUACCUGGGAAGGGGUGUCUAGCCUGCUUUGGCAUGGCAGAGAGUAUCUGCUGCCCUCUGUCUUGAGGGGUGUGUGUGUGUGUGUAUGUGUGUGUGUGUUUGUGGGGUGGGGGGAAAGAAUGCAUCCUGAAACCUCCAGGGUUUGGGAGAUGCCUGAGACCCCAUAACUGGGGAUGCAAGUGCAAUCCCAGACCCCGUGGGUGUGAGCAUAAUUGGAGUCUGCAGAGCUAGGAAAUACACACUGUCCCCUGUUUCUGUUGGUUUUUUUUUUUCUUGUGUGAGUGAGUGGUUGGUUCUGCAGCCUGUCUUUAUUCCCUCUGGGGGGAGUGCAUGUGUAGAACAGGAUGGUGUGUUGCCUCGUUGAGUCUGGGAGAAGUCUGAUGAUAGCACAUGGGGGUAAUAAAAAAAAAAGGAAGCUUUUUCCUUUAAUGUAUAAAUGAAUAUUUGUAUGAUUAAAUUAACACAGAAAAAUUA